CUUGUCGAACAAAACAGCUCACUCAAGAAGGAAGUAGCAAUAGCUGAGCGUAAAUUGAUCGCAAGAAAUGAACGUAUUCAAAGCUUAGAAGCAUUACUGGGCGAUGCACAAGAGAAAUUGAUCCAUCAAAACCAAAAGUUCGAGGCACAACUUCAAGCUGUCCGUGACAGAUUGGAGCAGGCAAGAACCCAAAAGGCAAACCAACCUGGUUUGUCCUCAAUAAACUUUGGUAGAAUUGCUAAACCUUUGAGAGGCGGUGGA